AUGGUUGAUCCAGCUGUUCUCAAAAAGAUCAAAAUCCAAACGGGUGUAGUGAAGAGACUUGUAAAGGAACAUGCAAGUUAUAUCAAAGAAGUGGAGAAGGAGACGCAGAAAAUUGAAAAGAUGAAGUCUGAGGCUCAAAAUGAGGACGAUGAGUAUGCUGUUAAGAAGGCUGGUCAAGUGCUGCAGGAAACUCGUGGGAUGAUUAGCGAUACCGCUCGACGAUGUGCAACAGCUGCAUCCGAGUUACAGAAGCUCAUUGACGAAGCCUCUUUGGAAGACUGCCAAGAACUGACUGAAGCCAAAGCUCAGAUUGAAGCCGCAUCCGCUGUAAAAGUUUUGUAA